AAUAGUGGAAGUUCACUGUGAGUGCCGUAUCUGUAAAAAAAGCAUCCUCUCCUCUGUAACCAAAUCUCUCCAACUCAUCUCUCACAGGCAGAGUAUAAUUGUAAAAUUAACAACCACAGCAGACCCAGAUAGCAAAGUUGCUUUCAUACUCUCAGUUUGGAUUUCUCAAUAGAUCAGUCAGUCAGUCUAUCAAUUUUUGUAUCACCAUCAGCAAUAGUGGCCACUCCCACCCGCCCUCCCCACCUACAAUCACCACCCACAACCAGAAUAUGGCCGCCUCAACCACCAGCUGCCGCCAUCACCCACCACCACCACACACCCAUUCACCCUAUUUUCCCACCUGAUCACGAAAUCAGCAUGCUUGGUCUCCACAACAUCCUCCUCAUAGCUUCUUCUCAACAGACCCAAAACCCACACACCAUUUCCUCAGAUCACCACCAAAACAACCCACCAAAUUUAAACAAUCAAGAUUGCAACUUUAAUGCUUUAAAUAAUCCUUGGAGUCUACAUAAGUGUCAAGAAUUGAGUAUUGCAAGGAAAGAUGUGGGCUUGAGUGUGGGAGAUGAGAGUGGUGCUUCUCUGGGGACUUGUACGGACUGUGGGAAUAAGGCCAAAAAGGAGUGUAAGUAUGGGAGGUGUAGGACUUGUUGCAAGAGCCGAGGGUAUGAUUGUUCCACUCACGUGAAGAGCACUUGGAUCCCGGCGUCUAAGCGGCAGGAGAGGCACCAGGUCGGUGGUGGUGGAGGGUAUUCUGGGUCUUCUUCGGGUGGUGUUAAAAGGUCAAGAAUUGUGUCAUCGUCGCAGAAUGUGACUACAACUACUACUUCUAAUAGCGUAUCGUCUAAUGCUGCUGCUCCUCCUGCUUCUUUGUGCUUUGACACUGGAUCUAGUCACCAAGAUCCAAGCUUUAAACAGUCCCUUCCUGGGAAAGUUAAAGCACCAGCUGCCUUCAGGUGCAUUAGAGUGACUGCCAUUAGUGGUGAGGAAGCUGAGGUUCUCUACCAGGCUACAGUGAAUAUUUGUGGCCAUGUUUUCAAAGGGUUUCUCUAUAAUCAAGGGGUUGAUGAGAAACAGGCUUAUCCAUGUAUCUCAAAAGUGCAUUUGGAGAGUAGUACAAAUGGAAGGGAAUUUUCUGUACCAAUUGUUGAGCCAUCCAAUGCUUAUGCAGCUUCUGGCAACCGCAAAUUGUUUGAAGCUACAGGUAACAAAUGAGUAGCAAUCCGACCUGGAGGUUUCAGUGUGCUGUUCAAGCCAAUUGUUAGAAUAACUCUGAGACAGAUUUCUGGUGACCUGGAAGGUUUCUCUACGUAAUUUGAUGAGUGCAGCCCUUCAAAUUCCUGUAUCACUGAUUUAAAGCCAUUUGGUGCUGAGUUCUCUGUAUUACCGUCUAUUAGCCGGGAAAGAAGAUGUAUUAUGUGCCCUAUUUCGGAAGAAGCUGCCGUUAUUUCAUUUUGCAAUUUGUUGUGUUGCAGCUGACAUGGUGUUGGAUGGCAAUGUAAGUUAAGUAUCAGGUCUCAGAUUCAGUAGCAAUUGAAAGAUUGAACACUGCUAAUAUUCAGACUCUUUGUAAAGAUCUUGAGUAUGGGAACUGUUGAAAGUGGUGUAAGUUUUGUUGUGUUCAAAA